GGUGGGUCAUGGCCACGCACUGGAUUUGCUAAACUCAUCUACCUACAUACCUCUCGACAUACCGUCAGUCCCCACUGCCAAUCUCCUGCUACUACAUAACAACGAUACAGAAAGAAAAAAACAGUAGAAUACGACUUCUCAACAUGUCAGGCCAAGAGACUCGUCAAUGGGUUCUCGCCAACCUACCCGAGGGUGAACCCGUCCUCAAAGGAGAAAAUGCAACCUUCAAACUGCAAAUCGCCACACUCCCCGCCCCAGGACCCGAUGAAGUCCUCCUCAAAACCCUCUACUUCUCCAACGACCCCGCCCAACGAGCCUGGAUCAAUGCCAACAUCGAGCCGGAGCGUCUCUACAUCCCCCCCGUGCAAAAGGGCGAAGUAAUGCGCUCAGGCGCCAUCUGCGAGGUCGUCACUUCCAACAGCCCCUCCCUGAAACCAGGCCAACUCGUCAUGGACUUCGGCCUCAGCUGGUCCGAAUACCUCGUCGUCCCCGCCAAAUCUGUGCGCCCCAUCCAGACAGACCCCAGCGGCGCAAUCCGGCCCACCCACUUUAUGGGAGCCCUCGGCCUCACAGGGCUAACAGCGUACUACGGCCUCGUCGACAUUGCGCGCGCCACUGCCGCCGACACCGUCGUCGUAUCCGGUGCGGCGGGUGCCACGGGCUCCCUGGUCGUCCAGAUCGCAAAGCACAUUGUCGGCUGCAAGCGCGUCAUCGGCAUCGCAGGCGGGGCGCAGAAGUGCAAGUGGGUCGAGAAUCUAGGCGCAGACGUCUGUGUAGACUACCGGUCGCCCUCGUUCAAACAGGAUCUCCGCGCCGCAACCGAAGGAUACGUCGAUGUCUACUUUGAUAAUGUCGGCGGCGAGAUCUUGUCGCUUAUGCUAACGCGUAUGAAGAAGCAUGGGCGCGUGGCGGCAUGUGGUGCUGUAUCCACGUAUAAUUCUGUGGGCGAUGGCGGAGUCAAGAACUGGGCGGAGAUUGUCAGUAAUCGGAUUGAGGUUAAGGGGUUUAUUGUGCUAGAUGCGAUGGAGCAAGGGAAGACGGGGGCUAUGAUUGGGGAACUUGUCAAGUCGGCGAAGGAGGGGAAGAUUCAGCUGGGACCGGAGACGGAGACGGUGGUGCCGACGAAGUUUGAGGAUGUGCCCAAGACGUGGAUGAUGCUAUUUAGUGGAGGGAAUACGGGCAAGUUGGUAACCGAGUUGAAGGGUUAAGAAAGGGGGUGGGGUGGUUUUGUUUAGAAGGAUAUAUGUAAAGAUUUCUAGCAAUCUAAAAGAUUAUGUUCAGCGAAUGUUGUAUUUGUUGGUCAAGAGGAU